GGUAGACAUGCGCUAAGCAUGUCGGUUGGAAAAUUCGCUCCCCAAGAAAAGUAGUGGAAAAUCGCUGAGGACUCGUUAAUUCACGUUCAGGCUUCGUGCAGUGCAGAUCGUGGUUUUGUUGGUUGCUCGGUCGUGCUUGUUCAGUGGAUAGAAGAAGAAAAAUCUGAGUGUCAUCGUGGAUUUUAGCAGGAAGAUCUUUCUGGUUCUGGAUCAAUAGAAGAACUUACUCACAUUCAGAAGAGCAGUUGGGGAAAAUAGUGCAAAAUGUGGUUAAAAUUGGUGUUUAUCGGAUGUUGUGCGAUAGGUGGCAUACUGGCGGCGGCGGCACCGGAAAAGAACGUUACCCAAGAGGCGGUGGCCACCAAAGAGAAGCGCCAGACGGACCACGAAACGCGGACACUGCCCCAGGGAGCAGCGGCGGCGGAACGGCGCCAGCAGCAGCAGCAACAGGCCUACUUCCAGGAUCCGGACGUAGCGGCCCACUACUAUGCCCAGCAGGCCGGAGGUCAGCUGCUGUUUAGGCCACACCAGCCGAAGGCAGCGGCGUCCUCUGCUGGUCCGGGCAGUGGCCAAGAACAAGUGCAAGAUCUUCCCCCGGAAUAUCUCAGUUUGAUUCAGCAAUUAGCCGAUCACCAGAAACACGUAGCGCCAGCCAAGCACGCGAAACACCACUCCUACGAGCCUCAAAAUGUUCAGCCCGAACAUCAACAGCAACAGCAGCAGCAGCCGCAAUACUAUCAACCUCAGCAACAACAGGCCCACCAUCAAUCACCGCAGCAUAAUCAAAUCCAGUACAUCACGGAGGAGGAGUACGCGCAAAUCGUGAAGCAAGCCCAGGCCCAAAAUCACCACGCCGCGGCUCAAGCUCAACAGCAGCAGCAACAGCAACACCAUCAGCAGCAUCAUCAACAGCAACAUCAACAGCCGCAGUACACGAGGCCAGCCGGAAAGCAUGAACUACCAAAGUACCGCCCAACGGUCCAAUUGCUGGAGACUGGUCAAGAGCACGGACACGCUUACUCGCAGCCCGAUCCCGAGCAGUUCCGUAUUCAGUACAAGAGCAUCCAACCGACUGGGUCAGUAACGCCUGUGUCGAAGCCAAUUAGCGCUUUUUCCUUUGAAAAAGAACUAGCUAAGUUGGUUGAGUCCAACCGCCCGGUAGCUUAUCAUCAAGCUGGUGGUGGACACAGGCAAAGUCCCCAUGAGAGCCCUCGGUAUGUGCCAAGCCCUCAGGCAAGCGCAGAAUAUGCCUAUCCGUCCCAAAACGGACACGAACAUGCUCCAAAACAGUCGAUCAAGGCUCAAUACAUUGCUCCGUUCGCUCAGGCUUACACCGGACCAAAGCCAAACGCUGCUCAUCUGCAGGUAGGACCCCACAAGUUCGCUGAAAGUCCGGCCCAAAGGUAUCAGUUCAUCGCCCAGGAAGAACGUGCAAAGUCUCAUCCUCCCCAGCAGUACUUUACUGAAGUCUCACCAAAGCACCAAACUCACUCAGAAGAAAAGACACACGCUGGUGCUCCAUCGCCCAAAAUUCAGUAUUACGUCCCAAAGGAGAAGAACCUCCAGAUCUACUACCCUCACCAGCAGGUUCAGGAGAAACAACCCGUUGAACAGCACACCCCGUCGCAUCCGAUGAAGAUCGUCGAAGCGCCUCAACUGCAACACGAAAAGCCCAGCAAAGCGCAAAUUCAGGCCCACCGUCAGAAAGCCCAAUACAUUGCCCGCGAAAAGCAAGCAGAACAGAGUCAACACUCAGCGCAAAAGUCCAAAGAAGUUGAAGCCCCCUCACGAUCGGCCAUCUACGUGUCCCAACAGACCGGAGUGUCGCCGUCUUCAGCGCCCUCAAGUGCCGAAAAACAAGCACCCCCACAACAACAGCAGCAGCAGCAGCAGCAGCACCAACACCACAAAAUCCCACCCAAAAUUGACAGACCUCUAACCCAAGAGGAAUUCCAAGCUCUGGUCGAUGCGGGUUAUUCCGUAGUUCCGGUGCCGGUGCCCGUACCCGUGCCGAUCUCGCAGUAUCACGCACAACAGCAAGCCCAGCAGCAACGAGCUGCUGCCGCUGCCGGUGCUGCCUCCUCUGGACGCCAUGGCCCCGUGGCCCAAGCCUCUCGGUACCACCAGCACCAGAUUGCUGCGGCGGAGAACAAUCCGAGUCAAGUCAUCACUUACCUGCGUCCGCUGCACAUCGACCCCUUCUCGGCGGGUAUUCGGGGUCCGAACAAGGCGGCUCCGUAAGCCGGAGUGGUGCUUCCACAACACUAGAAUAGGUCGUAGUUUGUAGCUAAGCGAGUAUGAGAUAUUUAGUGUUUAGUCUAACUUAAAUAGUACUUUCGCUUGCCAUGCACAAAAUGUUAGUUGUGGUUGGACAGCGGAGGUAGCAAACUGAAAUUGUUAUGUUUAAUUUAUAAAUGAAACUACACGUGUAAUGCUGUUAAAUUGAUGCGAAAAUAUAUUUUAUUGAAACAAC